AUGCAGGUUCUUUUCUUAUUCUUCUUCGUGAUUCUUGUUGAUGGCUCUGUUCCUUGUGAUCAUUCGGAUGCAGUAAAAUCGAUCGAAUGUAAGCCAUUCCUCGGAAAGUUAGCAAGUAAAAUGGCUGAAUACGCGAACAUGCCACCUCCAGAUGAGCUCAAAGGAUUCUCUGUGAUGUGCGAAGAAGCGCUUUCAUGCAUGAAAGAAAUCAAGUGUGAUGUGCUCAAAAACGCUACAGCACUCAUCGCAAAGACAUGUACCGGUAUCAAUUUAAUCUCCGGCCCAUUUGGAAAAUGUAUAGGAAAUCUCCGCACCGUUCCACCAUCCCUCAAAAAGUAUCCAUGCGGUCGGUUUUUACAAACAGAGAAAGGGCGGCCUGGAAACUGUCAAAUGUAUCAAGAUGAGCUCAAAUGCACCACAAAACUAGUAUCGGAUAAAUGUGGCCAAGAAAGUGUCGAUUCGAUGAAUACUCAUUUGGAUUACAUUCUCGGAAUGAUGGAAUGCUCAGCAUAA